CAACUACCACUAUUAUAUAUGCAGGUCAUUAAAGUGGUUCUAAAGGCAAGACAUUUUGACCUUAAUGCACUCUUUGCAUUAAGGCAGCCUUUCUCAACCAGGGUGCCCAGGCACCCUGGGGGGUGCCUUGGCAAAAUGUCUAAAAAUUGCCCAAAACAUGUACACAAGCUAGUGGGUGGAACAAGCCUGCCUUUUAGUUACACAAAGCCACGGGUAUUCAUUGUGCACCAUUACGACCUUCUAGCCGCCGGUGUCCUGACAACCAAUGACAUCAUCAGUUGA